AUGAGUGCGCAAUUGUCAAUUGGUAACGAGUUGAAGGACUCGUACAAAGGAACGUAUAAGUGGGUCUCAGCCAACAUUAAAUGGUUAAAGGAAAUCGAACAAUUUUAUUUACAAAGAGCUAAGAUAGAGAAAGAGUAUAGUGAAAAAUUAAAUGCAUUGACUACUGAGUACCUUAAUAAAACAAGUUCAUCCACUGUUUUACUUUCGGUCGGUGAAACUCCCACAGUGACUCCUGGUUCUGUUGAGAUUGCAAGUGUUGUUACAUGGAAUGACAUCCUAUCUCAGACAGAGUCUAUUUCCAAGGAUCAUGCGAAACUGGGUAAUGAUUUUGAAAAGACUGUUGCUGCUCAAGCCAAUGGGUUGAAUGUAAAAUUAGAUUUCACACUAACAAAGAUUAAUGGUUUCAAUAAUGAUCUUGAAGAUAAAAAAAAUGGUGCCAAGAAUGAUUUAGAUAAAGCUAAGAGAGCUUAUGACGAUUCCUGUGAAAAUGUAGAAGUAACAAGAAAUAAACUAACUAAGAGCAAUAAUGAAAGAAAUAAGAGAAAGUUGGAAGAUAGACAAGUUGAUAUGAAUGUUGCGAAGAAUGAUUAUUUGAUUAAGAUUAAUCAAGCCAACAGAAUUAAGGAUAAAUAUUUUUUCCAAGAUGUUCCAGAAGUCGUUGAUUUGUUACAAGAUUUGAAUGAAUCGAAAAUUCUUUUAUUAAAUGAUAUUUGGAAAGCAGCUAACGAUAGUGAACUUGAAUUUGGUGAAAAUAUAAAGGGACGUCUUACAAAAUCUAAUGAUGUUAUAUCCCAUAAUAAACCAUCUUUAAGUACAGCCAUGUUUAUCAAACAUAACUUGAAAAAUUGGAAAGAGCCUAAUGAUUUUCAAUAUGUGCCAUCUCCAAUAUGGCAUGAAGAUGAAACUUUCGCAGUUCCAUCUGAGAGUGAAGUUCAAGAUUUACGAAUCAAAUUGAAACAGGCCGAAAAUGAUUAUAAUAGACUCGACGAUUUAACUAAAACUGAAUUAAGUAAAUUAUCAGGUUUUAAUAAAACUAAACAAGCUUUGAAAGAUGACAUGGAGGCUAAUGGUAAUCAUGGGAAAAAUGGUCAAAAAUUUUAUGAAAAUUUGAAGAGUUAUCUUUCAGUUAUUUCCAGUUUUGUAUUGCACGAGACAACAAAAUUGCAAGCAGAAGUUACUGUUGAAAGUAUUCAAAAUAAUGUACCAGCGGAAUAUGAUUUAUCAACGGACAACAUUGAUCUGAAUAAAUCAAAGAGGAAAUCUAGUGGUGGUUUAUUCUCGAAAUUUAAAGGUCUCAAUAUUUUAAGUGAAGUUAAUAGUGGUGGUAGUUCUCGUUCUUCAGGUGGGGGCCAUUCAAAUGGUAUAUCAUUAUUUGGUGGUUCUCACAAUAAGAGAUCUAGUGUUCAGAAUAACAAUAAUAAUGGUAAUAAUGAUAAACCAGAUAAUGAGUCUGUAUUCAGCAGCGAGACUACUCAUACCCACACUACAACGAACCAGAAAACAAGUUCCAGUGGUGGUGGAAGUAAUAAUGGUAAUAAAGUCCUCUAUGCAUAUGAGGAACAAGACAGUGACGAAAUAUCUUUGUCGUUAGGAGAUCAAAUAGAAUUGGUAGCUGUAGAUUCAGGUUCAGGAUGGACAAAGGUAAAAAAUUUAUCUACUGGGGAAGCAGGUCUCGUGCCAACAUCUUAUGUGCACAUUAGUGCUGAAAAUAGAAAAGCCACAUCUCCUCCUAGCGUGCCACCUCCAAGGCGUGCAGCUGUUCCAACUAGAACAUUGACGGCUACGUUUGCGUAUGAGGCACAGGACUCCGAUGAACUAACUUUGUCUGCUGGUGAUGUUGUCACAGUUAUUAAAGGUGAUGAUGGAAGUGGUUGGACAUAUGGUGAAGUUAAUGGCGAAAAGGGUUUAGUACCUACGAGUUAUUGUAAAUGA